CUUCACCUCUGCCUAGACUCAACCAUACCCCUCCUUAACCGCCGACCUCAUACUCCACCAUGCUGAAGCGCGCGCACCGCGAACUGGCCAGGAACGCCAUUUACACCGAGGUUAUGCCCACGGGUGAGGAUGACCUGGCACAAAUGGAGGCUCUGGCCCAGUUCUCAGACUCUGGUUCGGACUCAGACUCGGACGACUCCUCAGACGACGAGCGCAUCAAGAACAAGGAUGACGACGAUGAUGAUGAUCUCGAUAGCGAGGAGGAUGAGGAGCUCGAGGCAUAUAUCCAGAAAUACGAAAAGAGCAAGAAGGGCGAGGUCAAGAAAGACGGUUCGGACAGCGCCGACGAUAAUCAAGAAGAGGGCUCAUCAGACGAGGAUGGCGAAGAGGGAGAUGAAGACACAGCAGAUCAGGAGGAAGAGGGGGAUACCCAUUUCCGCUGCAAGAUCUGUCCCAAGAAGAUCCUCAAGAACGAGACCAUGGUCCAGGUCCAUCUCAAGGGUCACGAACACAAGACGAAUCUGCGGUUGUACAAGAAGGCGUUGAGGGAUGAGCGGUCCAAGGAGGAUAUCGAAAAAUUGAAGAUCAAGAACCAGAAGAAGAGAGAAAAGUCGCUCAAGAAGAAAGAGGAACGCAAGGCGACUCAGAAGCAAAAACUUAAGGAGAAGAAGAAGCGACAAUGGGAAAAGAAGAUGGCUGCUGCAGGAUCGACAGCCCUAAAGCAGGAUAAGAAGGAGGCCGAGCAGGCUGUGAAGAAGACAGAGAAGAAGGUCGAACAGACUUUGAAGAAGGCAGAGAAGAAGACGGAGAAGAUCGUCAAGCAGGCGGACAAGGAGGUAAAGAAGAAGGUUGACAAGGUUGUGGCAGACAUUGACAAGAAGGUGGCCAAGGCAACACCGUUAUCAACACCACCGACGUCGUCAAAAGCAGCAACAGGAAAGGCAGGCAAGGACAGCAAACCUCCUGCCAAGAAACAAAAGACAGUAAAGGCAUGAAGGGCUCGACAAACGGCUGCAACGGAUGACUGUAAUAGGCGGCUGCAAUUGUUCACUGAGAUUGUACAAUAAACUUAUCAUCACUCCCAUACGA